UUUUUUUUUCAAUCGAGAUUCAUCAUCACACUUUGACAAUAAUAUUCUGAACCUUUACCCAGAAAAAGCAGUCAUUCAACGUUCAUUCAUAAAAUUCAGGUUUCCUCCGUUCUUGGUACUAAAAUAGUAGUCGAAAAAUCCAAUAUUAUUCGUUACCCUUUUCUUCAUUUAGCGUGCAUGGCUUAAACACUCAAGUCUGUUUGAAUACUAGCAGCAGUUUUUGUAGAACAAAGAUUAAUUUUUUGUUUUGUUUCCAUUUAUGGGAGAAGAAGAAGAAACGAAACUCAAGAUUUCGAACGAAGAGAAAGAACCCAGAAUCAGAAAUGAAGCUGCUGCUGAAAAAAUGUUCAAAAUGGGUUUCUUCAGAUCUUGAUUGGAAGUUUUUACUCUUAAUUCUUCCUCCUCUCUCUCUCCUCUUUUAUCUCUCUCUCUCCUCCAUUCCCACCAUAACUACUUCCACUUUCACCUUCAACAAUCCUUUUUCCACUUUUGCCCCUUUCAAAUCCGUUUUCAACAAUAAUGUCCCUCCUCCUCCUCCUCCUCCUAACUCCUUGAUGAACCGGUCUAGCUUACUCCCGCCGGUUUUUGCGAAUCAAGCGGAGAUUCGGUCUAGAAAUGAUGAGCCGUUGUUUUCGCCGGUUGUGUUGAAUAAACCGGCGACGAAGGAGGAGUUGGAUCGGUCUAGAAUUGCAGUGUGUUUAGUGGGUGGGGCUCGUAGAUUUGAACUAACUGGACCUUCUAUUAUCCAGAAGAUUCUGAACGAGUAUCCGAAUUCUGAUCUUUAUCUUCAUAGCCCGUUUGAUUCUAAAGCUUAUAAGCUCUCCUUGUUAAAGGCUGCUCCGCGAAUCUCUGCCGUUAAAAUUUUCCGGCCAAAACCAAUUAACAUGACCGAGUCUCAGGUCCGAGUUCUCAGCCCUCGCAACUCACCAAAUGGUAUACAGGGUCUGCUGCAAUAUUUCAACCUAGUUGAGGGCUGCUUGACGAUGAUACAAGCUCAUCAACGCCGGAACAACUUCACUUAUGACUGGAUAAUUCGUACCCGAGUUGAUGGCUACUGGAACGCCCCACUAUUGCCCGACGACUUCAUUCCAGGUGCCUACCUAGUUCCUCCAGGUUCAUCCUACAGUGGCUUAAAUGAUCGCUUUGGUCUCGGUGACUACAACACGUCUGUAGUUGCUCUUUCACGGCUCUCUUUGAUUCCUGAGCUGGAUUCAGCUGGAUACCAUCUCCUCAACUCAGAGGGCGCAUUCAAGGCCCAACUGACUAUCCACAAAGUUCCCUACAUCACUAAGCGCCUCCCAUUCUGCGUUGUAUCGGAUCGUAGCUAUGAUUUUCCACCACCCCGUUUUGGUGUUCCAGUAGCAGCACUUUCUAGUCCAGGCCCAUUAAGUGGUGCCAAGUGCCGGCCUUGCACACCUUCAUGCACUGACCACUGCGUUGGGCUGGUAAUGAACAGACUGUACAAAGGAUGGAGCUGGACUGAUUGGGCCAAUAACACCCUUCAGCUCUGUGAUGCUCAUGCCGAGUGGGAGAGCGGGUGGCAGAAAUUAUUCGAUGAAGUGGCAGGUAAUAAACUGGCUGCAGCGAGAAGGCGAGUUGAAGAUUUAAGAAUGGAGCAAU